CGUGCUCUUUGUAUCAUUUUUAGCCGCUUGGUACAUCAAAAUAGUGCUUACUUAUCGCAUGACAAGUAUACCUUUUGAUGCGGCACCUCGUGUGUACAUUGCAACUAUACGGUGCGCUGUGCGGGAGUAAUAAAUAAAAUAAAUUCGGCAAAGCUCCGUGGUACGUGUGCCUCUACAGUGCCAUUGCCACCCCACUGUAUACACACAUACACCGCAUACUUACCAUCGCAAACCUCUAUAACCCAAUAACCCCUUGAAUAUCAUUACAACUGUUAUUUUCAUUCCUCCGAACAAUUAAACUCUAAAGUUCGAGGUACAGGAUUGUGUCGUGUGUAUCAUCCCUUGGUCCGUCCUCCCCCCCAGCACGUAAUGCAGCAACGAGACCGGGUGACGUGCGAAUAACGCUUUUCGCCCCUUACCCCCGGAUUGUCAUCGUUGCAAGCUGCACCUGCAGCGUGUCCUCGUGCAGGAGAGUUUCGGAACAACUAAUGGCUGAACUGGAGGAACGAAGCGAGGAUCUUUCGAUGCAGUUGCCACCACAGGAGGCUGGACCGUGGAUACUGCACGACAUCGACUGCCGCGUCAACGAAGCUGUUGUUUGCGACUUCGAGGGGGACACGGAGGACUAGUUGCCCUCGACGCGCGCUCACAACGUGCUCGGCUAACGUUAUCGUUGUUCCAAUGACGCGAUGACACUGCAUUGGUGGAUGCACUGGUUCUGGGUUACGGCACAAAUUGUCGUGGCCCUGACGAGCCCACCGACAACCCACCGGCCCGAAGAGCCGACGACAUCCUCGCCAGGGAUCCUCCAGAGCUCGAUGCUGGACCACACGACGGUCGAGACCCUGGCCAAACUCCAGCAGAACUACAGGAUCGCCAAGGCCAUUGGCCUCCCCGUGGAUGGACCAUCGGAGAGUCUCAGGAUGCUGGUCACCACGGACUCCCCCAAAAGUCCCCUCCGGACCACCGACGGCCCUGUCGCACCCCCGAGCCCAAACGGAACGAGCUCCCCGUCCGUAAACGCGACGCUCAGCCCGACGCCACCGGACAAGACGACGUGGACAACGCAAACCGGCCGCGUGCCCGGCAAGAAGGAGGCCAAGAUCACGUCGAUCGUGGGCUACGUGAAGCCGUCGCGGUCGAAAAACAAAACCCUGACGAGCACGGUGGUGCCGACGAGCAGUGAGGAGCCGCUCACCGUGAUGCCGCUCAGGGAGGACCGGGCCAACUCCAUCGGUAGGGAUGACCUGCCGAUCGGCAAUCGGUCCAUGGUGCUGGUGGCCGGGGGCAGGGAAGAGACGCGGCUCGUCGCCACGGCUGCGUCGGUGCUCGAUGCUGGUACGGCCGGCGAUUCUACAAGACUGGGCCGAGCCCGGGGCACUUUUAUCAACGAAUUCCAGCACGAGCAGCGGACACUGGACGAACAGCAGCAGCAGCAGCAGCAGCAGCAGCAGCAGCAACGCAAUGGUGGUAACGAAGAGGGGGAGUCGCGAAAGACGAGCUCCGAGUCUUACGUGACGGAAAUCGCGGCGAUAACCGGGAGCUGCUUGGCUGUCGUUGCGCUGCUCAGCACAGUGGGCAGUGUCGGGUUUAUCAUGUACAGACGGAGAUAUCUCAAUCCACCGCAGACUCUCAACAGCGACAAGUGCAGCAACCCCGACAGCUCUGGGUACAUCGACGACUCUACGAUAAGGGACAACUCGGAGGAGAUGUACAGUUUGGACAAUGACUCGUUUCUGAAUUCGCUGGAGGCAAUGACGAUACAGAACUACUGGACGGACAGCGUCAAGCACACGAAGCUGUGACCCUGUGGGUACUACGCGCCGAGGGUACGAACAACCGUAGUGGGUUAUAUUUUUUCACGAGAAGAAGAAGAAGAUAAAAGGGAGAUCCUGGCGAUCCGAAGCACCGAGUGAAACUGAACUGUUUGAGUAACGUGGAUAAACGUAGUUUGUAGAACAUUUGAGGGAGUACACUUUACUAGUUUAUGCCCACGGGGCUCAAUUCGACGUGUAUCGUGUAUUAUAUAUUUCGAAGGAUUUACGUAUAAUGUAGUUCUGAUGGCUCUUUAUCGAAGAUGAUGACAAAACAAGGAGUCAAUAGGAUAUAUAUAGAGAGAGAGAGAUGAAGAGUGCAAUAAUUCGAUGUACUUUCAAGUGAAUAUAUACAUAUAUAUUCUAAAUUUAAUGUUAAGACGAUUAAAUUAAGCGAUAAGUACAAAUAAUGACGAAACAGGCAACGCCUGUUUAAUACGUGUAUGUACAGUUUUCGUUGCUCCUUCUAGAUUAUAUUGAGAAGGGACUCGUGUUUUUAUUUUAUAUCGGAGAGAUUUACUUGAAAUCUUGUUUCUUACUUUCUUUCUUUAUUUUUUUUUAUUUAUUAAUUGUUUUUUUUUUUUCUACAGAAAUUGAAUAAUGACACUGCUUUUAAUUCCAUCCAAUGAUUAAUGAUUUACAAUCAAUGAGGAUAUAUCCUGCAAUUUUUUAUGUAAACAAAUAAAAAUGUAUUGCAUGUUCGAGACGAGAAGUAUAAUUUUUUCAUAGACACGAUGUGUCGCGAGUGUGCACACGUGUACGGCUGUAGUGUUUUUUUUUUCCUCCCAAUUGUACAUGAAAUUGCGAAUACAUUUAUAUAGAGCUGUAAGACAUAUCGAAAAGAUUUUUUUAUCAAACAGUAUUUUAAGUUGCACCGCAAACUAAGUCGAUAACUGUACUGAGAGAGUCUGUGUCUCUCUGAGCUCUGUCCUCCCUCUUUACACGAAAAAAUUAAAAGUAGCUUUUCUCCUAGUAUAGAGUAUCCAAUGCGAUUUUUUUGAUGACAGAAUUUAGUGAUAUUAUACACGUGAAUAUAUAUUUUUUUAUUACAACUCAUAAAAAUAUCAAUGUAGCAUUAUUGUUUUAUUCCAAUAGUUUUAUUUUCA